AUAUACGUGUCUAAUAUUUUAAAAUAAUCUGCUAGACGGAAAUUUGAAACAUCUUUUUUACCUAUGAAGGUAAGAAUGUCUUAAGAUUAUUCAAAGCUAAGGUGUUUUAUAUGAAGUCCAUUCGAUGUUUACUUAUAAAUACUUGGAUAUGUACUAUAAUGAAUUCUUGUUGAAAUGAUGUGUAAAAUUUUGUUUGUAUUAUAACUUUCGUGAGACAUACUAAAUUAAUUAUUAUGUUAUCGGCUUACGUAACUGUUUGACGAGGAACUCGACUAGUUUAUAUAAUAGCGCGACAGUCGCCGCGUCGUGUAUCGCGGAAUGCUACUCAUGAAUAUGAGCCUCUAGCAUGGCUUGAAACUAGUCGCGUUCCUCGUCAAACAGUUACGUGAGUAAGCCGAAAAACAAAAAUGUUAGUUCUUUUAUUUUUACCCAAAAAUCUUCCUUUGUAUCAAAAUAUCAUACUUCUUGUUACAUCACUAAUUUAGUAUCAUUCGUUCAUGUCAUUACCCCGUCACUAUGGUCUGAGGUCAACGACCACUGUCGUUCUAGUGUGUGUCGAGUGCAGUCGCACCUAUUAAUAUAGUAAAUAAUUAACAUUGUAAAAUAAUGUAAAAUAUAAGUCAUCUCACAUCAAGUCGUUUAAUUUAACAAACAUAAAAACAAUACAUGGUGUCAGAAGUGAAAGUAACAACGAAAUAAAGAAGAUUCGUUUGUUAACGGAAAAUUAAAAAAAACAAAAUGUCUACCGAAGACGUCGGCGACACGAGGUGCCGUGUGGCCGGUCUGGAGUGUCUUAAGUUGUCGUCGGAGGCAACCGCGAACAACGCGGAGGCGUGGAGGAAAUGGUGGCAGCGACUGGAGCUGUAUCUGCUGGCAUCAGGUUUAGACAGGUCGGAGGAGAAGCGGAAGGUGGCCAUUCUGCUUCACAGUAUUGGCCCUAAAGGUCUCGAAAUCUUCAAUACCUUUAACAUCAGCCUGGAUGAAGCCAAAAUAGAAGACGUCAAGGUCAAAUUCGACCUGUACUUUGAGCCACGCAAGAAUCUUACCAUGUGCAGGUACAUGUUUUUUACAAGGAGGCAAGCUCAAUCCGAGAGCAUCGACGAUUUCAUAACCGAUCUGGAGCUAAAGAGCCAGGAUUGCGAGUUCGGAACCCUGCGCGAGUCCAUGAUCCGGGAUAUUUUCAUCGCCAACAUGCACAUGGAUUUGUCACACAUCCGGCAAAGGCUGUUGCAAGAGCCCAACCUCACCUAUGAGAGGAUGCGAGAGUUGGCGAAAACCCUAAUUGUCGCACAGCAGGAUGCAGACAAGAUGAUUAACAAGUCCAUCGUCGAAGACGGCGAGAAGGUGAUGCAACUGCGUCAAAGGAGCGGCGGUCGACGAGUCUGUCGACAGCGUGCUUCAAGUCAAACGCCACAUCGGGCCACGUGGAAGUCUCCCAGUCCGAUGAGGCAGUCAGCAUCAACAUGUGGUCGCUGUGGGCAGUCUCAUCGAACGAAGUGCCCAGCGAUCGGAGUACAAUGCAGGUCAUGUAACUCAUUUGGUCAUUAUGCUAAGUUUUGCUAUAAGAAUAAACAAGUCAGACAGUUGUAUUCGUUUACUUCCAAGUCAAUACAAAAUGAUAAUUAUUUUGUAGGAAUUUUAAACAGUCAGUCGAGUCAUAAUCAUCUUAGUCAUUUACAUAAACAGUCACACAGUCAGCCACAAAAACAGUCAAAAAGUCGAUCAUACAGUCAAAAACCCGUCAAUACGCACACACACACACAGUCCAGGUAAUCUCCAUGAUGACAAUGCUUAUUGCACUGAGAGAUUACACUGUCAAAACAAAAAUAGUCCAAGUCUAGGUAAUCUCCAUGAUGACAAUGCUAAUUGCGUUGAGAGAUUACACCGUCAUAAUAAAAACAGUCUUACAAGUCAAAGUCUUAAUAAAAAUAGUCCUAUAAGUCAAAUAAGUCAAAAUAAAAAUAGUCAAAGUGAGCAAUAUUCAUGCUACACUAAUAAAAGUCCAAAGUCCGUCAGUCGUAAGACAAUAAAUAACAAUAAAAACAGUCAUAGUCUAAGUCAAGGACAUGUUAAUUAUAAUAAAUCCAAUAAGAACAGUCAGUCCGUCAAUAAGUCACAUAAUACACACUUCCAAAACAUUAAUCACCACAAGUACACUAAGAAGUCACAUCAUUGUCAGUCAAAUGUAAGUAAUUCAGCAUCAGAAACAAAUAAUCACAACAUGCAUUCAAAUAUACCAAACGUAGCAUCUCAUCUAAAUAAUUUAAAUCAACAAAUUAGUCAUGUCAAGGGUAAUUCAGUUUCAGAAAAUCAUUAUUCAGGUAGUUCAUGGAAAAUAAACUUACAUGUGGGUAACCGAAAAAUAAAUUGUGUCAUAGACUCAGGCGCAGAUGUAAAUGUCAUAUCUGUCAAAAACUUGAAUCUGUCAAAGUCACAAAUUGAUAAAUGUCAUGUAAAUGUCACAGGAUUUGGUGGCAAUAACAUUCCAAUUCUAGGCAAAGUAAAUUUAAAAUGUAAUUUAAACAUAGAAAAUAGAAAUAUUUGUGAAAAUAUAGUGUUCAUUGUAGCAAAUAUACUCUGUCCAACUGUCUUAGGUCUUCCCACUUGUGAAAAAUUAGGUAUAAUAAAACGUGUAUUUUCCGUCACAAAACAAGAUUUUUGUAAACAAAUUCUUACACAAUAUGAUGAUUUGUUUAAGGGUCUUGGAUGUCUACCCCCAGUCUGUCAUCUGAAACUCAAGCCUGGUGCAGUUCCGUGUAUUGAUCCGCCAAGGAAAGUUCCGUUUGCGUUGCAAGGAAAACUGCGCGAGGAAUUGGAUCGCAUGGAGCAAAUGCAAGUCAUACAAAAAGUCACAAAACCAACUGAAUGGGUAAAUUCUGUGGUAGUCACUGUCAAAAGUUCAGGUCAAUUAAGAAUAUGCUUAGAUCCUAGAAACUUAAAUAAUUGUAUAAUGAGAGAACAUUAUCCGUUAAAGUCUAUUGAUGAGAUACGGUCACAGUUAAAAGGUGCUGCAUGUUUUACGCAUCUAGACGCUUUCUCAGGUUUCUGGAUGAUAAAGUUAGAUGAAUAUAGUUCAGAUUUGUGUACUUUCCAAACACCAUUUGGUAGAUACAGGUACUUAAGAUUGCCUUAUGGCAUAAGUGCUUCGUCUGAAAUAUUUCAAAGAAUUAUGAUGAAUUUGUUCGGUGAUUUGGAAGGAGUUUUAAUUUUCAUUGAUGAUAUUUUAGUACAUGGUCCUAAUGAGUCGGUUCAUAAUGAACGACUACAUAAAGUUAUGCAAAGAGCACGUCAAGUUAAUUUAAAAUUUAACAAGUCGAAA